AUGAAUAAAUCUAAAUUUAUCCUAAUCAGACAUGCCGAAUCUGAAUAUAACCUUGCUGCUAGGUUGGCUGUAAAUUCAUCAAAGGAAGUGACAAAUUUUAAAGAGGAAUCACUAAAAAUCAAAUAAGAUGAGAGUCUUAUUGAUUGUGGAUUAACAUAAUAUGGUAUUCAAUAAUGCUUAGAAUCUGCUUAAAAAAUGUCUUCAUUUAAUGUCGACAUUGUACUUGUCUCUCCAUUAAGAAGAGCAAUAUAGACGGCACACUAUUUAUUUAGAGAUCAUCCCAAUAAGCCUAAAUUUAUAGUUGUUCCAUUUUUAAGAGAAAUGUUAUCAUCUUCUUGUGAUAUAGGAGGUAAUUUGACAACAACGAUGAAUGAAUUUCCUUAAUUUGAUUACAGCAGGAUAUUGAAUACAGAGUUUUUAUAAUAAUAUCCUAAUAUGUGGACUAUGGAAUAUCUUUGGAAUCAAGAAUAAAAAUAAUAAAUGAAGCAAUAUUUAUUAUAAUAAUAAUGUGAUGAUUUAAGUAUUAUCAACUUAAUAAUAUUUAGACUCAAGAGGACCUAAACAUAUUUUAGAUUAUUUAUUUUAGUACCCACCUGAUUCGGUUGUUGAGACCUUUAUGGACACAAUGAAUAGGAUUAAAUAAGCAAAAUAAGAAUUGUCAUUUUAUAGAAACUAAAAUGUGAUAUGUGUGACACAUUCUAGAUUUUUAUAAACUAUUUCAGCUCAAUAAUUUGAUGCCGAAGGUAAGCCAAAAGAUGGAACCUGGAUCAAAAAUUGUGAUUACAUUGAAGUUGAUAUUUGA